UCUUUAAAAUGUAUAAUUGGAGAGAGCAGAAGAGGAGGGUGAAUACGGAAGCAGAGGGAGGGGUUUGCUGUCAUUUUGGGCACCGAGUCCUGUUGAAUGCAGUGAGUUCAGGAAAGUGCUUCAGCUGUUACAGUGCUCUACAACAUCGGAGUUCAGGUUGUCCUGCUGCCUUUCCCCCACAUAGGUGUGUCUCAUUAAGGACUAACAGACCGCUCAGUCUGAGAGGCUUCAGAUCUGAAGUUCCCUUCAAGUUUCUUCUGAAUAUUUGCUAAAUCUUCUUUCGAGCAGCUAGGAUGGAGCGAAUGGAGGAUGAGAAGCCAAAGAAGAAGUUGACAGCUUACCUGCUCUACUGUGUAUCCACUGCAGUCAUUGGCUCGCUGCAGUUUGGCUACAACACCGGGGUCAUCAAUGCACCAGAGCAGAAACUACGGAGGUUUUUCCAGAAUGUGUCCAUGGAGCGGUACGGGGAACCUUUCAGCCCAGGAACAAACACCAUGGUGUGGAGUUUUGCUGUUGCAAUCUUUAGUGUGGGAGGAAUGAUCGGGUCUUUCUCCGUUGGAGCCAUGGUCACCAAAUUUGGCAGGCGUAAGUCCAUGCUGCUGGUUAACAUCCUGGCUAUCAUUGGCGGAAGUCUGAUGGGACUGUCGGUUGUGAGUCAAUCUUUUGAGGUCAUCAUUGUUGGUCGGUUGAUCAUCGGCGUGUUCUGCGGUCUGUGCACCGGCCUGACCCCCAUGUACGUUGGCGAGAUCACCCCCACAGCCGUCAGAGGAGCCUUCGGCACCCUGCAUCAGCUGGGUGUAGUUAUUGGCAUCCUGGUGGCACAGAUCUUCGGUCUGGAGUCUCUGCUGGGCUCAGACAGUCUGUGGCCUCUGCUGCUCGCUCUCACCAUCCUGCCUGCCAUAGUGCAGACCAUCAUGCUGCCCUUCUGCCCUGAAAGCCCCCGCUACCUGCUCAUCGUCCUCAACCAGGAGGAAGAGGCAAGAAAAGCACUGGUGCGUCUGCGCGGCUGUGAGGAUGUGAGUGAUGACAUUCAAGAGAUGAAGGAGGAAGGGAUGAAGAUGGCCAUGGAAAAGAAAGUGACCAUCGCUGAACUCUUCCGCUCUCCAAACUAUCGUCAGCCCAUCAUUAUCGCCAUCAUCCUGCAGCUCUCUCAGCAGCUGUCUGGCAUCAACGCUGUCUUUUACUACUCUACAGGUAUUUUUGACACUGCUGGUGUUACUCAACCCAUCUACGCCACCAUAGGAGCUGGAGUUGUCAACACUGUGUUUACUGUCGUCUCUCUAUUCCUGGUGGAACGGGCAGGCCGAAGGACGUUGCACCUGAUUGGCCUGGCUGGAAUGGCUAUAUCUGCCCUCCUCAUGACCAUCUCGCUUUCUUUGGUGAAGACAACACCCUCUCUGAGCUACUUGGCCAUAGUGGCUGUGUUUGGCUUUGUUGCCAGUUUUGAGAUGGGUCCAGGUCCCAUCCCAUGGUUCAUUGUGGCUGAGCUUUUCUCCCAGGGGCCCCGACCUGCUGCAAUGGCCAUCUCUGGUUUCUCAAACUGGACUGCUAACUUCCUGGUGGGGCUUGGUUUCCCUAAACUCGAGGAACUGUGUGGUCCUUAUGUCUUCAUCAUCUUCAUGGUGCUUCUCAUUGUGUUCUUCAUAUUCACCUACCUGCGAGUGCCUGAGACCAAAGGAAGGACCUUUGAUGACAUCGCUCAGGGAUUCGCUUCAAAACCCGCAACAUCUCUGGACCCUGAAGCUAUGGUGGUCGGCCUGCCAGAGAACAAAGAACCUUCACCCAUGUCCCCGACAGAAAAGGUUCCCAUGGUGGCUCUUCCUCCAGAGAAGCCCUGAGAGAGGAAGAAAGAGAAGAGGGUCCAAGCAUAUAGAUAUUAUAAGGAGUUAUAUUUUGUAACUCACAAAUGAUACAAGUGUUUUGUGUUUAGAUAAAGCCGACUCAGUGUUUUAACACACACGAUUUUAGUCUUUAAUAUAUGUUUUAGAGCACUUUUAAAAAAUUACAUUGAGUGUUUUUUUAAGGUUGCCUCGUCACAAAAUGCUUAAAAAAUAGUCAGAAUCCCCUGUAGUCCUAUUUAAACACGGGUCAAACUUAACUGAAUUACUUGUACUUAAUAUUUGUUGACAUUCCCAGGGCCAACUGCACGCAUAUUGCCAUAUAAGAGGAUCAACAUAUGUUCAGUGUUAAGUCCCAGGUCCUCAGCUACCCCCAGUGUUUAAAGGUUGCAGGCUUUGGGGGGGGGGUUUAUGUAUUGAGGUCAAGCCUGAAAAGCCGGUUUUUGAGCCUCGGUAGGUUGACCCAAAAAAAAAAAAAAAAAGAAAGACUGACUUGCUUGCUGUCCUGUGUGCCUGUCUGAUGUGCCUUGCUACUGAGGGUUAGGGAAACAUGUUGCUUUAGGUGGACAAUAAAAACAUGGAGGAGGUGCUGCCUAUUUUACAUAAAUGUAUUUAAGCAUGUAGAGGAGAACACAUAUUUUGUCUCAAGUGUGACACAGCGUCCCCUGAGAGAAGCGGAUGCUUGUGUUUGUUUUUGAUUGUUUUUUUUAAUUCAGCAGCAUUUGAGCUGAUAAAUAAGUAACAAAGGAGAGUUUGGUUCACUGGAGUUGUCUAUAUCAACUACAUUGUUGAUAUGAGAUGUAUGUGAAGUCUAGCACUGCCCAGCCUUAACAAAGUAUUGCUAUAUACUACUCUAAAAGAACACAGCCUAACCUCUUGUUUUUUAUGAGUUUAUUACAGGGUAAAGCCAGAAUGUCUGCUACUGUUUAUAGUACCAUUUACAGCAGUUGGAUAAAGAAACUCAGGUGGUCACUUGUGUUCUACUGUACAUUUUGCAUCAGACCAUUACAACAAAGAAAAUGCAUUCAUCCAUCCCUGUACUUGAACCUGUUAUGACAUCGGCACAAAGCAGUUACUUUCAUGGAAUAAAAUAUCUUACAAUCUAUACAAUAAUUUUACAUCAAAUCAAAAGUGCUUGCCCAUGUUUAACAGAUGUUUGAGGAAUGUAUUGACACACAUUCAAGUCUACUGAUAAAUACAAAACCACACAGAUUUCAGUUUAAGAGAUACUAGCUAUGCGGGAUGGACAUAACACUAAAUGAAUUGUAUUUUCUUUGAUGGUUAACGCACAAAAAUGCCUUUUCAUACAUAUACAUAUUUGUUUCUAAUUAUCUGAAUCAUGUGUAUAUAUUGUACAAUCUCCACUUAUUGCAUCGCGAUCAACUGUUUCAGCACAGUUUACAUGCUUCUAAAGUGUUAUGCCAGUGUUUGGACAUUUGCAUCUUCCUCUUGAUGUUCACAUUCACACACUGGAAGCACUUUUCAGUGUUCAAACUUAGCAGUGUUCUCAUUUGCACUUUUGCAGUCUGACUUCUUUCAAAUGAUUGCUUAUGUUAUAUGUUGCUGCUGUUACUUGUAAAUAUACUGUUUGUGUUCAGGUGUGUGCAUUGUUUCAGUCAUUUGUGUCUCAUUAUACUGUUCCAUCUGUUACAUCUACAGAUUUUUCUUGCACCCUGGAACUACUGUUACAAUGGUGAAUGUCAUAGUAGGCAGAAGUGAGAUGUGACACAAGUUGUUCCUGAGACUCAGAAAAAAACCUUUACUGUUUUUUAUUAUAAUAUCCUCUGUUCACCUGCUGUAAUAAUACGAGUGAUGCUUGCUUUGAAAACUGAAAAGGAAAUAAAAUGUGCCACCUUUUAA